AUGGAGACGAAGGACACGAGUAGCGAAGUAGUCGUCGUGGAGAGCGAUAACGAUACGCCAAUAGUCGAUAAGCAGCAGCACAAUGCAGUGGAGAUAGGGUCGAGUGGCAUCCUGCCGAGCUUGACCGUCGUCAUGGUGCAACUCGAUGACAUUAUCGACUUCACCAAUGAACGGGACAAUAUGUCGAGGGAGCUGAAGCUGAAAUUGCUUAAGCUUCGCAAUUUGGUUCUUGCUGCCAAGCAAGAACAGGAAGUGCUUGCGGCCAGGCUGGAAGGCUGUGGUAAAGCGGAAAAGAGUGCACAGACUGCUCCCUUCUCCUUCCAUAGUACCACAACCAUGGCACAGGAGGCGUUAGAUUUUGCCCUCAGAGACAGAGCGAGCGCAGACCAGAAGAGCAGGCCCACGACAGUCGCAAGCAAGGGUGAAGGGCGUAAGAAGAGAGCAAGGGCGAAACAAGCCAGUCGGCCACCGGAGGAGGGAAGCCAACCUGACCAAGACAACCUGCGGUCGGACGGUCCCUGGCAAACGGUAGUAAAUAAACCGAAGGUGAAAGCGGCAAUCACGCGCCCGGCGAGAGCCAGACAGAAGGGUGAAGCACUUCUCAUUAAAACAGAGAAAGAGCGCUACGCCGACGUGCUCAAGGCGAUGCGCAGCGCCGAGAAACUGGCGGACCUUGGUAAAGAGGUUUGUAGCAUAAGGCGGACGAGAGCGGGCGAGAUGAUCCUUGUCUUAAGGAAGGGCUCACAGGCGAACGGUACCUCAUAUGGAGCGCCAGCCCAGGAAGUCCUAGGCGAGAGCGUAGAAGUGAGGGCUCUACACGACGAAGUGACUCUCCAAUGCAAGCAGCUGGACGAGGUCACGACAUCGGAAGAGAUCGCCUCGGCCAUCAAGGACCAAGGUGGAGUGGUGGUAGCAAAUGCGUCCAUCCGUCUGCGAAGAGGACCGCAGGGGACGCAGAUUGCCACGGUGAAGUUACCGGCCAUCGACGCUAACAAGGUGAUCAAAGUUGGUAAGCUGAAAGUUGGCUGGUCAGUAUGUCCAGUCAGCCUCUACCAACCACCGGUAGUCGACAAGUGCUUCCGGUGCCUCGAACCGGGACACAAAUCGUGGGCGUGCAAAGGGCCGGAUAGGAGUAACCUAUGUAGGCGAUGCGGCGAAGAGGGCCAUAAGGCGCACACGUGCGAGAAACAGUUGCUGUGGCAGUCGGUAGUAGAAGCGAGAACGGACGUCGCUAUCUUGUCGGACCCGUACCGCAUCCCCGCGGAUAAUGGGAACUGGGUAGCGGAUAGAUCCAAAUCAGCGGCGAUUUGUACGACGGGAAGAUACCCGAUCCAGGAAGUGCUGAACACAAGAGCGGAGGGUACUGUUAUAGCGAAAAUAAAUGGAGUGUACUACUGCAGCUGCUACGCCCCACCAAGGUGGCCGAUAGAACAAUUCACCGAGAUGGUCGAUCGGCUAACAUCAGACCUAGUGGGUAGCAAGCCAGUAGUAAUUGCAGGAGACUUCAAUGCGUGGGCGAUAGAGUGGGGAAGUCGCUUUACUAACCGGAGAGGGCAAACGCUGCUAGAGGCUUUCGCCAAGCUGGAUGUCGUGCUGUGCAACGAAGGCUCCAAAAGUACCUUCCAGCGAAACGGAGUGGAAUCGAUAAUAGACGUAACGUUCUGCAGUCCAAGUUUGGUCGGUGAUAUGCAGUGGAUGGUCGACGACGGUUACACCCACAGUGACCAUCUAGCUAUCCGGUACAGGAUAGGCAGCGAGGCAAGAAGAGGCAGCCGGAGAGCUACUCCCACAACCCGGUCGUGGAAGGUCGCCCACUUCGACGGUGGGACCUUCAGUGAAGCUAUGGGUCUGGAAGAAAACACGGGAAGUUUAAGCGGCGACGAACUGGUUGCGGUCCUGUCUCGAGCUUGUGACGCGACCAUGCCGAGGAAGGUGCGACCACGGAACUGCAGGCCACAGGUAUACUGGUGGAGCGAUGAAAUUGCAGCCCUUCGAGCAGCCUGUCUCCGGGCUAGAAGAAAAACGCAAAGGACACGCUUGGCGGAAGUGAGGGCGGAACGCAUCGAGCAAUUCAAAGCAGCGAGACUGGCUCUAAACAAGGCCAUCAAAGAAAGCAAGAAAGCCUGCUUCGACAGACUUUGCCAGAGGCCCAAGUCGAAUCCUUGGGGAGCCGCCUAUCGGGUGGUGAUGAACAAAAAAAGCGGAACACUGGCUCCUCCCAAGCGAUGUCCAACGAGGCUGAAGACUAUAAUCGAGGCACUAUUCCCGCACCACGGCCCAACCCACUGGCCGCCAGCAGCGAGGGUAGCAAAUGAUGAAGCGGUGGAGAGGGUGACGGUAGAAGAGAUAUUGACGGUGGCAAAGUCCCUCGACCCGAGUAAAGCACCUGGUCCGGACGAGAUCCCGAAUAUGGCAUUGAAGGCAGCCAUAACGACUAACCCGAACAUGUUUAGCAAGCGCCUGUCAUCGACGUUGAAUCGCACUAGACCCGCUUUUAGCUAA